AGGUUAUAAAUAACUUGCAUGUGCUCUCCAUAUUUAAUUGCUGAAAUUAAUUGCUGGGCCAUAUAUUCACAAUAUACUCUUGGCAGUCUAGUUUCGUUUUGCAAAAAUGUGGAAAUAACGGAACUUUCGAUCUAUCUUUGAUUCCCGUGAUUGUAAACUUCUUAAGUGAAAGCAUGGAUGUCGUAAUUAAUCAAGGCAGUGUGGACGAAGAAGAGCAAGAGGCUACGGAUAAUAUAAAGAGAGUUCAAGGUCAAAUUAACGAGCUGAUCAACAUACUGAAUACGAAUGUUGAGGCGCUACAGAAGAGAGGUGGGAAUUUGGAAACAUUGGAGGGUCUCGCAGAUCAACUGUAUGAAAAGGCCGGUGAAUUCAAGGUGGUCACGAGAAGAAUGAGGUACAAACACAUGGCCAGAAACAACAAGUGGUGCCUGUUGUCCGCGGUGCUCGCCUUCCUCCUCGUGGGACUAAUUAUAGGAGUGGUGGUUUUAGGAAUAAAGCUAUCGUCCGCGUAGCUAGAGUCAUGUACUUAAAACUUCGGGAGAUACGGGUGUGUGUUGGGGUUAGCUACUGCAUGUCUGUGUAGUUUGAUUACAUGAAAUUUUACAUUUACUGUGACUCUAAUACAAUGUAUGUGGAGCCAGUGAUAUAGAAACUUGUAUAUGUACAAGGAUUUCCCAUGUUCUAAGUAUGACUCUUGAAGCCAGUGAUAUAUUUGUACAAAGAUUAUCCAUGUAUUGUGGCUCUUGAAGCCAGUGAUAAAGAACUGGUGAGCGUUGUGGCCAGUGGACCUCUGUACUUAUUCUUUGCUUACGAGCUGCAGAAUAGGUUUUUGUACUUAUAUGUAUGAUGUACUAGUAGAUAAAAUACAAAUUGUCUUUUUAUUGUAUAUCUUUUAUAUUUUAUACAUGCUUGAAUGUGCAUCCGUCGUUAUAGGCAAUUCUGUACUUAUUAUACUAAUUGCGGUAUUUUUGCUCUGUUUAUUUAAAAUAAAUAUCGUGUGUGGUUGUA